AUGAACCUCCUCAUUUGCCUCGUGCUCACUGCUGUCGCUACGACGACCACCUACGGACAAGAUCCGGCAGGUGCUGCUGCACGGUCUAACGAACUUCUCGAUGGCCUCAAAGUACUUUCAGAUCUCCUCACGGAUAAGGACAGCAAAGUCGUAUACGGACGCCACCAUGUGCGGGGCGAUUAG